CGUCUCUGCGCUGGUGAGCGGCGCUGCAUCUGCCGCUCCUGUUGCUGCUGUCGCUCCUGUCGCUCCUUUCGCCUUGCAUCGUCUGUCUCGCCAUUGGUCUUGCACGUGCCUCUCUCUGCUGCAGCUUCAGCCACUCUGCGCGGCGUCUCACCAGCCAGCCCGGAUAACGGCUCUCCCAGGCCUGCCAGUCCCUCCUCUGCCCAUGUCGCCCUGAGCGCCGUCCCUCCCUCUCCGCUCCCGCCGCCAUGCCAGUGCAGCACACGUUCCUUGGGCGGCCUGUCCGGCUGCAGAUGCCCCCGCGCCGCUUCCAGGCGCUCCUGCUCGUUCUCCUGAUUGUCGUUCUGACCUUCGCCCUCAACGGCGCGCCCUCGACCGCCGACCUGCCCACCUACGAGUCCGUCGCCGAGGUCGUCAAGAACCCACAUCUGCCCGACGUCGGCAGCCUCCCUGCCGUCCCCAAUCCCUUCGGGCCCGCCGCCCACAAGCCGCCCAAGCCCGCCGCCCAGCCCAACAGCACCGCCGCCAGUUCCUACGGCAAGCUCGAGUGGCUCACCGACUUCAAGUGGCGCAAUCCCUUCUCCUCCAGCAUCACCCUUGACGAGAACACGGCCCUCCUCCCGCCCCUGAGGGAGCGCCCGCCCAUCUACACCUACUACAAUGCGCGCAAGAAGCAGCCAAAGGACGUGGCAGACGCUGAGAACCGCCUCGUGCUGGCGUGGCGCCGCGCAUGGUGGGCGCAGGGCUUCCGGCCCGUCGUGCUGUCGCGCCAGGAGGCCAUGCUCCACCCGCAGUACCAGCUGUUUCAGCGCAUGAAGCUCGACUCCAAGGUCGAGAUGGAGGUCAUGCGCUGGCUGGCUUGGGGCAACAUGAGGGGCGGCGUGCUGGCAAACUCGCUGGCCCUGCCAAUGGCCGAGUACGAGAACCCCAUGCUGGCCUUCCUGCGUCGACAGGAGUACCCUCAGCUGUCGCGCGUCGAGGGCCUGAACAGCGGCCUCUUCUUUGGUGACUCGGCCGCCGUCGAAGGCGCCAUCAAGAAGCUGGUCAACAGUCCGCUACUGAAAGAUGCAGCGGCGAACAAGGACAAGAUUGCAGCAACGGCGACCAAAGACGGCGGCGCAGUCGUCAACCUGCUGGACCCUGCCGAUGUUGCAAAAGAUAAGAAAGCGAACGGCAUCGCCUACUACAGCACCGACGUCAUCACCAAGUCCUACAAGACAGUCGCGGACAAACUCACCAACACCACUCAAGCCGAAGGGCUGAGCCUGCUGGGCAGUCUGAUCAACGCGCAUCUGCAUGUUACCUUCCUCGAACAGCACGCCGAGGGCCUGGCCAUCGCUCAGCCCCUGCCCGAACACACCACGUCUCUCAUCGAACCCUCCAUUGACAUUGCCCGCAAUCUGACGCAAUGUCCGUCCUCUCCGAUGCCGAAAUCAUGUCCGCCGAACCGUCCAAAGUGCGUCCCUUGCAGCACCAAGCAGGCGCCGAAACUGCAGCUCACUCCAGAGUUUGUAAAUACAACCAACUUCUUCACCAUUGGCACAGUACCCCACCCCUUCACCAUCAACUCGCUGCACUACACCCGCGAUAACCUCGACGUAUCCUUCCUCCGCAACAACGCAAAGCGCGACCUCUGGCUCAAGACCCUGACGCAGAAGUCUAUCGGUGCCGAACACUCCGAAUCCUACCGCCUGCUUCAAUUUAAAGAACUCGUUGCCGCCAGCCCGGCGCACACACUGUGGCUCACAGCCGAGCGAACCACCAAAGAUGACCUGGAUUGGAUCUUCGGCUUCGAGCUGCCCACCACGGCGUCCCCAACGAAGGAGCCGACCAGCCCAGACGAGAAGAGCGAGCUGAUCAUCUUCCCCCGCCCGCCCUUCCCAGACCCAGUCAAGGGCAUUGAAGUCCCGGACAGCAUCUGGACGGAGAAAGAGAAGACCCGGCUCAACAAGGCGCGCGACGCUAUCAAGAGCAAAGACCGCUUCACACGCGGCAUCGUCGACGCAGUCGAGCAGUGGAACCUCGCCGACACCGAGGCAUGGAAAUUUGCGCGCGCCUUCUCCGCACGCAGGCGCGUCGAGCGCAAGAAGUGGGAGGACGAGGAGAAGCGCUACGUCGGCAGCGAGAGGAAGGCCUCGGGGAAAGGGCGCUGGACAGAUCGUUUCUCGUUGUAGUUUUUGAGUAGUACAUUGCAUCGCAGCCGGCGUUGGGUCGCCUGCCUGCGCAUCUGGCUUGUGGUGUUGCAAUCCAUGUGCUUGUCGAAGCGCUCGACUUCACGCUGUACCUUGCGUAUAUCCUUUCUCCCCUUUCUGUUCUUGCAGUCGUUGGUGUAUGCUCACGUGCUGCUCAGGCAUCGACCUUGGAACGUCCAGCCGCGAGGCUCAAGCGAGUCACGAUACCGUAACGACCCCGCGUCCCGUCGCCCACUGCACCUUUACGUCGUUCUCGA